AUGGACGAGCUCUCUGGUCUGCGGACCGGACAACAAGCUAGUCGCGCGGUGGACGAGGCUUCAAGGAUGUCUCUGCCCACUCGCUCUUCCCCAUCAAUCUCUUCCUCUGGAGAUCUGUUCCGUUACGCGGCUCAGAACCAGGCUGGUCAAUCGAACCGCAGGACAGCUACUUCGCAGCCCAAACGCUCUUCACGCGCUAUCCAAAUCCAGACUACAGACGGCGAGACAGUCAACUUCGUUCCCUAUGUAGCUAAGGAGAAGAAAGAAGAGCAGAAGGAACCUCACGUGGAACCCUCUCGUUCCACUUCAACAGAUCAUGAUACAGGUGUUGGACCUCUUACUACCGGUACUGCAGCGAAUAACGAUAUGGAAGCCCGUAUCAAAGCGCUAGAAGACCAACAGAACGACACCCGCGACAUGGUCGACGCCAUGAACCAACUCUACAUCCGUCUUAGAGAGUCCGUCAACCAUCUGGAGUAUCAGAACACACUGCAGCGAGUUCGCCCACUGACAACCGAUGCGCCAUCUGCAGAUUCGCACAUCCCUGCAGUUGAUGGGUCCUCCUAUGUGCCUCCUCAGGGUAGUCUUUCUGACGAGGAGUUCUCAUACAUGCUCAAGAUGUUUGCUGGUAAGACGAUUACUGCAGACCACUGGGAUAAUGUGGUAUGGAGCUUCUACGGCCAGAACGCGGCGAAUGCCCAUGACCAGGACCAAGGUCGGAACCAGAACCCAUUUACAGAUGAGUAUAAGAACGAGGCUACGGAUAAAGGUCAGGAUGGGGACAAGGAUGUGGAUAAUGACGACCCCUAA